AAACCCACUCCGCUCACCUGUAGGGCUCCGCAACGGGAAAAUGUGUUGCCGCUCAGGCAUCUCUUCUUCUGCUCAAUCUGUCCAUUUCCUCCUGCUCCUUCAAUCUCCAGGUUUCUUCUAUCCUGUGCUGAUCUUUUCGUCUCUGCGGAUGCUUCAGAUCAUGUUCGAGACCUUCAACACCCCUGCCAUGUAUGUGGCCAUCCAGGCUGUGCUGUCCCUGUAUGCCUCUGGUCGUACCACUGGUAUUGUCAUGGACUCUGGUGAUGGUGUGACCCACACAGUGCCCAUCUAUGAAGGCUACGCCCUGCCCCAUGCCAUCCUCAGGUUGGACCUGGCUGGCAGAGACCUCACAGACUACCUCAUGAAGAUCCUGACUGAGAGGGGUUACAGCUUCACCACCACAGCUGAGCGUGAGAUUGUGCGUGACAUUAAGGAGAAGCUGUGUUAUGUUGCACUGGACUUUGAGCAAGAAAUGGGCACUGCUGCCUCCUCUUCAUCCCUGGAGAAGAGCUACGAGCUGCCUGACGGACAGGUCAUCACCAUUGGAAAUGAGAGGUUCCGUUGCCCCGAGGCCCUCUUCCAGCCUUCUUUCCUUGGUAUGGAGUCUUGCGGUAUUCAUGAAACUACCUUCAACAGCAUCAUGAAGUGUGACGUGGACAUCCGUAAGGACCUGUACGCCAACACUGUGCUCUCUGGAGGUACCACCAUGUACCCUGGCAUCGCUGACCGUAUGCAGAAGGAAAUUACUGCCCUGGCACCCACCACCAUGAAGAUCAAGAUCAUUGCUCCCCCAGAGAGGAAGUACUCUGUAUGGAUCGGUGGCUCCAUCCUGGCUUCCCUGUCCACCUUCCAGCAGAUGUGGAUCAGCAAGCAGGAGUACGAUGAAUCCGGCCCCAGCAUUGUCCACAGGAAGUGCUUCUAAAAGACUUGUCAGUCCGCUUCCCCAAAACACACACUGCUACAAACCCAAACGACUGGCUCUGCAUACAUGCCUACACCAACACACUGGUGUAUGCUGAGCCCACAACACUUCCCAUUUUCCCUCAUCACUAUGGCUAUAGCACCAUGCCCCCUGAUGGGGAGAAACUCUGCAGGAAGUACAGAGCGUCCCAGGCGGUGUGAAUGUGUGAGGAAUAUGUCCAUUGUCGUGUUUGUGUAGGUCAUUUCAGAUGUGUUUGUUCACCACCUUAUUUGCCUCUAUGAAGGUUUAUUCUCUGGUUGGGCCCACUGCCCAACAGACGUGUAGUAUUGCUUAUGUAAAUUAUGUAAUCUUUUGUUUUUGUACUUUCAGCCUUAAAUGAUACUUGGUCCAGUUUGUUUUUGUCAUUAUGCAAAAGACAAAACUUCUACCUUGUAUGAAGGUUUGUGCAUGGGGCUUCAAGCCUCUGGUGUACACAACAACUUAAUAAAGCGCACAUGUCUAAAAUUCU